AUGAUCUUCAAAGCCUUCCUCGCCGCUCUUCUGCUGUCCCCCAAGGCCUUGGCCCUCGUUCUCCGAGAGGACGCUGGCGCUCAGGUAGCCCCGUUGGAGGCCCGUGCCGCUGAAUACGACGUCAAUGUCCUGGCUUAUGCCCGGGAUGUUGAAGAUGCCGUAGAGGCUUCCGACGAGCUUGUCGAAGAAGGCAAGGGCAAAGGCAAAGGAAAGGGGAAGGGGAAGGGCAAGGGUAAAGGCAAGGGUAAGGGGAAAAGCCACCCGCCUUUGCCAGGUCAGUAUACACAUUCCAUCGUUAUCAUGACAUCGACGCUGGAUAGCACUUGCUCUCAAGGCAAGGCCUACGAGUAUUUGCAACAACCGCGACUUGUUAUUGGGGGAAAAUCAAUACUAACUGUCAACCCAGACGUAGUUGUUGAGGCCCGAGACGAGGAGCCAGAAGCUGAUCCAAAGGGACCUCCCCCACCUCCCACGGGCAAGUUCGUGCUCUCCAACACGACCCAAUCGAAGCCUAAUCGUCCCCACUUUGGCCCCGAUGUCUGUGGCCAGCACAACUUGCUAAUACCCGGCCGUGUUCCAGGCAAAGGUAAGGGCAAGGGCAAGGGGAAAGGAAAAGGCAAGGGAGGCCACCCAGCUGAGGACGACGUCGAGGCUUAA